AUGGAUGAGAGGUCCAGCAAGCUCAUCUUGGUCCCGGUCCUGGCCGUUCUCUUCGUGAUGAUAGGCUACCAGUACAUAUGUCCCGCGGGGGGGAACUCGUGCCACUUUAAGACCGGCGGCGGCGGCGGCGGCGGGGACGCGAGCGCACUUUCCGCCCCGUAUCGGCAGGAGGGCGACGACCUCUACAGGGACCAGGACCUGGAGGAGGACGGCCCCGCCAGGCUGCCGUCGAAAUUCAACUUCACCGAGCGCGACCUGGAGCGGCGCGUGGAGUUCGACAUCAGGGGCGACGACGUGAUCGUGUUUCUGCACAUCCAGAAGACCGGCGGCACCACGUUCGGCAGACACCUCGUGCGGAAUAUCCGCCUGGAGCAGCCGUGCGACUGCAAGCCGGGCCAGAAGAAGUGCACGUGCCACCGGCCGGGCCGAGACGAGUCGUGGCUGUUCUCCCGGUUCUCCACCGGCUGGAGCUGCGGGCUGCACGCGGACUGGACGGAGCUCACCAACUGCGUGCCCGUCAUCAUGGACAAGAAGGAGGCUCAGAGGACCAGGAGGAAUUUCUACUACAUCACCAUGCUGCGCGACCCCGUCUCCCGCUACCUGAGCGAAUGGAAGCACGUGCAGCGCGGGGCCACGUGGAAGACCUCCCUGCACAUGUGCGACGGACGCUCGCCAACCCAGGACGAGCUGCCCACCUGCUACAACGGGGACGACUGGUCGGGGGUCACCCUGACGGAGUUCAUGAACUGCCCGUCCAACCUGGCCGACAACAGGCAGGUCCGCAUGCUGGCCGAUCUCAGCCUGGUGGGCUGCUACAACCUGUCGUCGAUGAACGAGAGCGAGCGCAGCCACAUCCUGCUGAGCAGCGCCAUGAGCAACCUGAAGAACAUGGCCUUCUACGGCCUGACGGAGUUCCAGCGCAAGACGCAGUACCUGUUCGAGCGGACGUUCCGCCUGCGCUUCAUCGCCGCUUUCACGCAGAUCAACAGCACGCGCGCCGCCAACGUGGACCUGAGCGAGCCCGUGCGCAGACGCAUCGAAGAGCUCAACUUCCUGGACAUGCAGCUGUACGAGUACGCGAAGGACCUCUUCCUGCAGCGCUUCCAGUUCACCCGCCAGCGGGAGCACCAGGAGGAGCGCGCCAAGCGGCGCGAGGAGCGGCGCUGGCUCCGGGAGCAGAGGGGGCAGGGCCGACCCCGGCUCCCCAGACGCAGAGGGGAGGGGAGCGGAGACGGGAAAGGCGCGGGGUUCGAGAGGGAGAGCGACGGCGACUCGCCGACCACUACCGAAGACUACGCAAGCCAAGUGGCCCGUUGGUGA